AUGCCUUCCGCUCAGAUCAACCAGCCCUCGAAUCAAAUUCGCCUCACGAACGUCUCCCUCGUUCGUCUGAAGAAAGGCAAGAAGCGCUUUGAGGUAGCCUGCUACAAGAAUACCGUAACGUCCUACCGCUCCGGCCACGAAAAGGACCUCGACAAUGUCCUCCAGAUCCCCAACGUCUUCGUCAACGUCUCCAAAGGCCAAGUCGCUCCGAAUGAAGACCUUAAGAAAUCCUUCCCGGGCAUGUCACGCGACGAGAUCGUGCUCGAGAUAUUGAAUAAAGGCGAGAUUCAGGUGGGCGAGAAGGAGAGAGGGGUCGAGUUGGAAAGGUUACAGAGGGAGGUCGUGGAGAUUGUGGCUGGACGACUGGUCGAUCCGAAGAGUAAGAGGGUUUAUACGACGGGCAUGAUUGAGAAGGCGCUGGACCAAUUGACGAGUCAAGGUGGGCAUGCUGGAAGGGCUGCUGGAAAGUCACACGGGCCGGAGAGUUCGAGUGCUGGUGCUGGUCAGGAUAGGAGUAAGAGCCGAGAGCAGAGUGGUGUUGGUGCUGAGUCUGGCUCAAGCACGCCGAGGAAGGACGAUGGGGGUGCGGACGCAGACGCGGAGAAGGCGAAACCGAAGUGGACGGGUGUGACGACGAACAAAAGUGCGAAGUCGCAGGCCCUGGAAGCGAUGAAGGCACUUAUUGCACAUCAGCCUAUUCCUGUUGCGAGGGCGAGGAUGAGGUUACGGAUCACGUGUCCAACUAGCAUACUGAAGCAGAAUGUGAAAGUGCCGAAGCCCGCUGAAGAGGAUGGUGAGGGCACGGAAGCAGCAAAGAUGACGGUGAAGGACAAGAUACUCAGCUUCGUGGAGCAAGUCGAGAGUCAAGAUGUGUUAGGAGAGGAGUGGGAAGUGGUAGGAUUUGUGGAGCCCGGCACCUUUAAGAUCCUAGGCGAGUUUAUCAGCGCACAAACGAAGGGCAGAGCGAGGGCGGAAGUGCUGGAUAUGGCCGUCAGGCAUGAGGGUGACUGA